AUGGUGGCGACCUGUACCUACAAUGGACAUACACUUGCAUCCGAGUCAUCGAUAAAAGGCUUGCUCAUUCAAGCAGGAAGGAUGUGGUACCACGUCAUCGACCUGGCCGAGACAAGACGACGCCACCUAUUCAAUGCCGUCUAUGACACCGGAGAAGAACUGUUCCUCGGAACAUGCGACAGUAGAGGAGUCGGCGGCGUAGGCGUUCUCGUCAACACGAGUUUGUCUACGAACAUCGAUUCGUGCGAACAGGUUAUAACCCGAAUUGUACAUUUACGAUUUAAAAAAAUGCGGAUCAAUUCCGGCUUUGACAAUCUUCGUCGUUUAUGUUCCGACAUCAAGCUGUGA